GUGAAAUCAUUCAUGCCAUUCGACCUUGUUUCGCAAAGUAAUUAUUAUUUCUUAAGCUUUUCUGACGGCAAGCUGCGCUACACACCUAUUCGUACUUCACGAAGCAAGUGAACUUUGCCGCGUUCGCAACGUGACCAGUGAAUCUGCAAGAGCGUAUGCCAGCUCACCCUUCGCGACGUGGUUCAUUUGAUGGCGAAAUUUUCAUUGUUUGAGGCAGAUAUAAAAGCCUGGUCGUGAGAGCCUGUGUCCGGUAAUCGCUGACUGUGGUUCCUGGCCAACUUCUCACUUUUCUUGUUCAGCGCCAAUACCCAUGGUGAAAUUCACUAUCCUCGCGGGAGGAUACACCUCCUUCAUUGCCUCGUAUAUGUUCGAUAGCGAGACAAACAAUUUGACAUACUUGAAUAAGUAUACCACUGGCGACAAUCCAUCGUGGAUAACCUCGCACCCUACGAAUAAGAGUGUUCUGUAUGCAGUCAACGAGAACGUCCCUGCAGGCGCACUGCAAUCAUUCACGGUCGGACCUGAAGGAGCACUCACCCUGGUCGAUACCAUAUCCUCGGGAGGAAGCAGCCCGCCGUAUUGUGGUGGCCUCUCCACGGGUCAGGUAGCCAUAGUCAAUUACGGCUCUGGAACUGCUAGUGUGAUCCCUACGACUACAGAUUUGCUACAUUUCUCCACCGAUGAUAACACUGUUGUGACGUUCCCUGUCCCAACCACUGGAACGCAGGGCAUGUCCGAACCGCACAUGACAUACCAAUACUACGAGGAGCUCUUGAUUCCUGACAAGGGCAAUGACAAAAUCUGGCGUCUCAGCCAGAACGGAUCACCAGGUGAAUUUUCAGUACACGGUCAAAUCGCGCAGCCGAUCGGCAGCGGCCCACGGCACAUCCAAAUCUAUGAGAACCAGCUCUACACAAUUCAUGAACUCGCAAGUACCCUGACACUCCAAGACUUCCCCACAUACCCCAACUUCUCCACUCCCCUCAUCUCCAACGUUUCAACUAUCCCACCUCAUCCACCCGCAGGCUCCAUCUUCGCAGCUGCCGAAGUCCUUAUCCCACUUCCAACAGCCGAGUUCCCGAAGCCUUACAUCUACACCUCGAAUCGCAACAUUGGUGUACAGGAUCCGCGUGGGGAUACGAUCGCCAUUUUCGAAAAGGUGAAUAACCAGCUGGUUCUAAGGAACCAAGUAUACACGGGCUUGAACCAGAUUCGCGGAAUGAUGCAUGGGCAGCAAGCCGGCGAGGGAGGCGAUGCAUAUAUUGUGGCUGCUGGGUUUGCGGGCACUGCGGGCGUUAAGGUGUACAAACGAACGGAGGGAGGCGCGAAUUUGGAAGAGGUUGCGGUGAAUACAGAGCUUCCGACGCGGACGAGUUUUGUGUGGUUGAAACAAUAGAAGAUCAGAUACACUAGGUGAUGACGUAUUCUAUUUGGUUGACCAUGACAGUUGUGAACAAUCAACCACCAGAUUGUACAAAAUGACCAUAGUGCUGCGCCCGGGUAACUUACA